AUGCUGCUCAUCGUUCUACUAAUAACGUUGGUUCCUGUGCGUGAAGAUGAAGAGGGUAAGGAAACUUUUAAUUAUCUAUAUACAUAUAUACAUAUAUAUUCCAAACACUGACAUGUUUGGCUGUGCCUAGUUCCCAUACAGUUGUACUGACCUGAGGUGAAUUUAUCGAAAGCAAAGUAUGUUUGCCAACCUAUCUUCAAAAUAUAUAAAUGCUUUACAAGAAACACAGUCAAACUUGCUUGUUUUAUUCCUCCAGAGCAGUUGAUGAAGUUUUCGAACUGAGUUUCCAAUUCUAACUGAUUAACUUUUCGACGAGUUUUGCAAAACGUAGGACCAAGGGGUAAUACUUCAAGUGAUGUUUUGUCAAAUAUCAUAUAAGAAUGGUUGUGUACGUACCGAGCUGGAUCUUUCGGAAACCGUGACUGGGGUUUCAAUUCGCGUAAGCCUCUAUGAAGCGCUGAACUUUUUGUUUCUCCACGUCUUCUUUCUAUAAACUGAGCGUAUAUGUCGAAUUUCCGUCUUUCGUCAUCUGUCGGGAUAUCUAGGACGGCAGUGCGUUGACACACAUGACGAUCAAGUUCCUCUAUCUUUACGAGGGAACUCCGCGUAUCAUGCGAUAGCCAAGCGGUUAGCAGAGAAGCUCGAGGCCAUACAACCUCAGCUGGCACCACGCAUCUAUCGAGAUACCUUUCAAUUCAUUGACGACAUUAAAGACAGCAUGAUGAUGUUCUUAAUAGACGUUGCAUCACUUUUUAUAAACGUCCCGGCCACCGAGACAGUUGAUUCCAUCUGUAAUUUUCUAUCUGCCAGUCAGCAAGAAAUAGGAAUAUCGACGAACAAACUCAAGGAAUUAUUAUUAAGGUACACAUUAAAUGUGCAGUUUCUUUUUGACAACCAACUCUAUAGACAAAUAAACGGCGUUGCUAUGGGCUCGCCUCUUGGACCUCUCUUAGCCGACGUCCUCAUAGGCAAGCUGGAGAGAUUUCGACUAAGCGAUCAGAUCGAAAAGCUUAAACAUUACGGCCGCUACGUUGAUGAUAUCUUUGCGAUUGCAACCACAGUAACCGGCGUUGCUGCCCUCCUGAUUGCUGUAAACCGAACACAUCCGUAGAUCAAAUUCACGUUGGAGAUGGAAUCGGCCGGUUCGUUUCCUUUCUUAGAUAUCCCUCUAAAUAGGAGAUCUGACGGUAGCAUCCGAAAAAGCGUCUAUCGGAAGAAAACCUGGUCUGGACAUUACACGAACUUCGCUAGUUUCGUACCUCUCCAACAAAAACGAAAUCUUGUCAGGUGUUUGGCACAAACAGCUAGAAAAAUUUGUUCAACGGAUAGUAUCGGGGAGGAACUUAGAAAAAUCCAGGACUUGCUUCACGAAAACGGGUAUCCUGACAGGUUUAUUGCACAGAACCUUGCCGAACGACCCGCAAAACCCACCACACUGACCGCCGAAAAGAAAACGUUGUUCCUCAAAGUCCCUUUCCAAGGAGACGCUGCGAGUGGACUCCUAAGGAGACGCCUUAACCAUGCUGUCUCGGGAACCUUUCCAGCAGCAAGGGUCUGCAUAUCAUUCUCUACUCAACCUAUUUUAAUCGGAGAAGGCAAGGGUUCGCUGCCACCUCAGACCGCCUCAAUGUGCAUCUACUCAUUCACUUACUUCUGUGGAGCAGGUGAUAUUGGUCGUACGAGUCGGCGUCUUUCCAAAAGAAUACGAGAUCACCUUCCCACAUGGCUGGCAAAAGGUGAAACUAGAAGAAUAGACAGCGCCAUCCUUGCGCAUGCAGUGAAUUCAGGGCAUCGUGUGGACUCCGCUGAAGCAUUUCGUUUGAUUUAUAAGGUCUCCUCGAACCACCCUAAGCUACUGGACCAACGUUUGUUAGUAACAAGAGAAGCGGCCGCCAUCAAGUUACGAAAACCGACCCUAUGUGCCCAGAAGGACCUCGUUCAGUCUCCGCGCCUACCGUGGUCAAAGGUUGACUAACCACAUACAACUUUCUGCGCCCUUCCGCUCUUGCCUAGCCCGCAUUUUAAAAACUAACUUUUAUUGGUUUUUCCACUCGCUGUACCCCGUCACAUCUAACUGUACUGGCCUGGCAAGAAGUUAUCGGAAGCAACGCUCGCUCGCCACUUUGCCUUCCGAAUAUAGCUAUGAGGAUUUUCACAACUCUGAAAUACGAGGAAUAGUUUAUCUGAGAAAAGGGAACUGCUCACCGGAUCGAGGAAAUUGCUUGGCUGACGUUUCGAAGAGUUUGGGCGGCUCUCCAUUAUCAAGACGUCUAGUGCGAAAAUCGAUCAGAAUUUCGAAUAAACAGCCGAAUGGGUUGGCCUUGGGCUGAUCGAUUUUUCUUAUUCUUUCGCUGAGUUGGCCUAAUGGCCGUCGUUUGUUAGUGUUGGUGAUCUCCUGUGUUAUGUGUCGUCACCUCAAUUGGGGUUAGUUGCGUUUGUGUCUCCCUUUUGGGUGAAUUGGUCCACAGGCCGUGUUGGCUCGACAUUCUUCAGCUCCGUAUGACCGUCUUGUCCCCGUCAUGGCGUAUAUAAUGACGCACGACUUUAUAGGCCGCAGGGAGGUCUAGAUGCCUGUUGAUGGAGUUGGCAUCUGAGUACCAAGCCUCAAGUGUGAGACGUUCUGUCCUUGAGGUGCCCCGGCCUAAGACGACUGCUCUUUGAAAGUCAAAACUGUGGCCAGUUUCUCCCAUGUGAGUCGCAACCUGAGUUUGCGUCUAGGAUGAGGCAACGAAAGAUGAAAAAAUCGAUCAGCCAAAGGCCAACACAUUCGGAGUGUAUUCAAAAUUCUGAUCGAUUUUCGCACUAGAAGAUUUGAUAAUGGAUAGCCACCCAAGCUCUUCGAAACGUCAGCCAAACAAGUUCCCCCCAUCGGGUGAGCUGUUUCCUUUCGUCGGAUUACUGACCCGGAUCUCUCACGUUUGCUAGCCAGAUUAGAUAUUUCUGCACUAAGCCCAUUUCCGGAUUUUAAAACCCAUCUAGCAGAACCUCAGUUGCGUCAUAUAUCUCACUAAUGCGAGGGCCUGUGUCUUUGGCCGUUUCAUUCCAGCUGUCUUCGAUAGAUGUAAUGCACCCGUCGAGAGGAAGCCUUGCAGAGCAUUCUACAAACGAUACACAUACGAAUCUCUGAUUGGCAAGUGCAUUCAACUAUCCUUCGGCGUCUGCGGCCGAAAUGGCAAUGAUUUUAGCUCGCAUGAACAAUGUGAGAGUGCAACCGCGGUAUGCAAAACCAGAGGUAAGUCAAUCGAAGGCUUCUCACUUCUUAUCUCUGUCGACAACCCUGCCACUCCUAGAGGAAGUCAGAAUGCGUGCAUACUGUCUUCAGUUACAAAAUAUGCUCAUUCCUUCUUUAUUGAACUGCUCGACCGUUCUUGAGAAAGUCCCCUUGCAUGGAUUGAACACUGGUUCCUCCAAGGUAUUUGGGACGUCCUCAAGGGUAGGGUAUGUGACCCCCCCCCCGUGGGGUUGUUGCCUGGCAGUAUGUCGCGAAAGGGGUUAUGCGAGAAGCAGAUUUUGACCUCCAAAUGCGUUGUCGAUAUUAAAGUUGCCCGUUUAGGGCUCAAGGUUAGGGUUUGGACAACGGUUGAAAUUGGUGUUAGUUGGGUCAUUCUUGGGCAUAGGGUUUCCGGGCUUGGUGUAUGGUUUGAAUUUGGGACGGAGGCUGGGCUUGGGGUUUUAGGCUGUGGCUUUUGACUACGGUGACGGCCGACUUUUCCUCAAAUGUUUACAGGUUGGAGAUUUCCCACCGAGGGCAGGGCCAUGGUUGGCGUUAGAUUGGUAGCUAACUACGGUCUCCCCUAGGCGGUUACAUAUUGUACCCUUGCCGGUUCUCAGUGUCCUCAGCGGAUGGAGAGUGGGCUUGACGUUCAGCUUGGCAGAAGGGCAGUUGAUGCAUACUAGGUCCCAUUGAGUACUAGCACUGGCCAAAAGACUUCCGGCACAAAAUUAUGCCUCACCUCCGGCUCAGAGCAAGGCGCAUAAGAAAUGUGGUUUGUGUGUCUGUUUCAGCUGUUGCUGUCCGUCUCGCAAUCCCUGCGUAUAUUCUAACUGAUCCGCUUACGUCUGGGAAGAGCAGGUAUGAGCUUCCCAUUUUGCCGUACUCUCUCCUCCUCACCAACCUGGGUCAGGUGCCAAGACAGAGUCAAGAAUACCGGAGGCGAGAGAGAGCGUAGGUGGCUGACACGGCCGGACCCACAUCAAGGCGUACCACCACACCGCAUGAUCCACGAUGGACACUUGACCAGAAUUUUAAACGACAAGAGAUAUGGGGGGGGGGGAGAUAGCGGCAGGAAAUCCAACUGGCGCGUAGUAUGCCUGUAAGUAGAUCUACCACCUUACACCCCGGAUGUUGUCAUUAGUUAUGGGCGCGCAUUCCCGAUAACGUCCACCGGAUCCCUAUCUAGCCCCUAAGUCCGCAUGCGUAUGUUUCAACUAAUCCGCUAACGUCAGGGAAGAGCACAUAUACGCGUCCCCUUACCUUGGUCAAGCAGACCCCUCAAACAAGAUUAGUAUUCCCAAAUCACAAUUCCUGAACUCAAACCCACAUAGUAAAACCUUGUCCACGUUUAUAUGCGAGCUCCUGCCUACCUGCCUUUAACUGUCAUGUUCCAGCUGCCUCCGAUUUAUGCCGCUUGCCGAUGAUUGUUGGGCCUUGCAGAGCACGGCACACGCGAUACGGAUUCGACAACCGAGUCGGCACCUGCACGGAGUUCGUAUACGGUGGUUGUGACCAAAAUCGAAACAAUUUUGACACGAAAGAAGAAUGUGAAGAGGCGACUGCGCAUUGCCCAAUCGAAGUGCACACAACGGAAAACCUUCCAGGUUGGCAAUUUAAACCCAUACAGCCUGUGUUAAUUUGUCUAAUUUAAGAGUGCCUCCUGCUAUCAUGCCAAGCAUGUUUCAAGGUGGUGAACAAGAAGCCUUUCUGUUGUUUUCGAUAAUGGCGAUUUUUCCGUAAAAACUACCUGGACAUUUAAACUCACCCAGUCUUGUUCUAUUUGUAUUACUUGACUAACUAUGCGUGGGCUUACUCACCACAUUCUAGCUCCACAGGACAUAUGCAAAAUUCCAAUCGAGGAGGGGCCUUGCACAGAUCUCAUCAAACGAUACGGAUACGACAGCGAGAUUGGCAGAUGCACAGAUUUCUACUACGGCGGUUGCGGUGGAAAUGCAAACAAUUUUGAGAGGGAAGCAGAUUGCGAAAGAGCAGCCAUGACCUGCCCAGAUGAACGUAAGUCAAGCAAGUAUUUCACAUCUUGAUGCGUACACCACCGGUCAAGCUGUUAUUUCGUGCGGGAGUCUGGCAUAUGGCCGCCCGAUUGAGAGAGUCCUCUGGGCGAGACACAAUUCAGAUAGCGACAUUCUCGGGAGAGGCGUCAUUGAAGGUCAACUCAAGGUCAGUGCCAUAGCUACCGUCAACCAGGUAGUGAUUGGUGGAGGACGGCAACCGAAUAUAGAUAAUCGCGGUGUGAGGUGUACCUUUAUCACUUUCGAACAGACCAUUCUGCCGUACAGGCUUAUCUGUAGGAAUAGAAGUCCGUGCAAGUAGCGUAUAUCGGUCUGCUCCUCUCCUCUUAUUGGACGAAUAAGUGGGAUAAAUGAAUUUUCCUGUCGACUUGUCUACUUACUGAACUUGGACGUUUUUAAAUGUGUAAAACAAGUCAAGGGAAAUUUGCGUGUUCUAAACGACGGCACAAAUGCCUGCAUGUUCAUCGCAGAACCUUGAUGUGAGGCUUCUUUGACUUCAGCAUCUAGGCAGUAUUGUUUUAAGACAUGCACACCAAAAUAACUUCUAUCAGUACUCAGAGGUAACGCUUCAUUUCUGAACAGUGGCUAACAUAUUUCAUGAAGUGACAUCAGGAAUUGUGGAGUGCGUUUCCAAUCAGAAAGUAUUGCUUAGGCAGAGUCCUAGUGUUGAUUAUUUUACAGGGUAUUCCCAAGAUAUUUCAAUCAUGACAGGCUACCGGCUUUUGAGUAAGAUUCUUUCAGACCGCCCGGAGAGUCACACUUGGUGAAAAAGGGCCACGUAAGUAGUGUGAAUAUUUUAUUUUGGUUUCCGAUGUUCCUAUAAAUUUAUUUAUGUUUUAUAGAAUACACGCAUAAAAAUACUCUUCCUUGUACUAGUUGUGUAGCAAAUAACAUCCUCAAAUUUUAUACUUGAAGAAAAGGCAUCUGUUGGUUUUAGAAACUUCCGAUCCCCGGAUAAUUUUUAACCCGACCAGCGGUUGCACUUGCGUCUAGGGUUUCCCGACUACAUGCUCUGUAAUUUCCGUGUAAAAAAUAAAAGACUUCGCCAAGUUAUUAAUAAGACGCCACAGAGGACUCGUGAAUGUUUGCACUGGAUACGGACUAUGCUGUAUAUUUCAUAGACAGCUCUGAUAAACGACUGAUACGAUACUGUACGAAUCGAUGCUUUAGAUUCUUUGAAAAUCUGGUAUUCACAGACUCUUUAAAAUUGAAAGAUAUCUUUUCUUCAAAUACGAAUGAGUACAGGGAAUAGUAUUUUGGCAUGUUUUUGCAAAAUAUAUUCCACUUAAUAAGGACAUGACAAAUCAAUUUGGAACAUUAAUAGUAUGGUAGGGAGCGCUCACCGCUCGUUCUUACGGAACUCACUCGUUCCGUUUUGCCUUAUGGACUCUCUCUCUCUCUCGAGUCCAACCAGCAGCCGCACAGCGACGCAUGGUAUAGCAAAAUGAUAUUGCCGACAAAUUAGUACUGCAUAAGUAGUCAUUUUUUACCGAGUGUCAAUCCCCAGACGGCCGUAAAAAGUGCUUUCUAAAUUCGACUGAAAUAGUUAGGGAUUGUGCUGCAUGAAAAUUAGUUUUACGGCCCCGCUCAAGUAAUCAUAAACCAUUUCAGAGUCUUGAUUAAUGAGGUAAACCAAUAGGUGUAGAUUUGUAUUUACCUCAUUUCCUGCUGGUUGAGGCGCCAGUUUCUAGUACUCUGCCCACUUUACAUUAGGUGAGAUAACUCAUAAAAGGUCAACUGAAAUUCCGAAAUGCGUUUUAGUUUCGAAAAGAUUAAUAAAGUAGGUUUGUAAAACUUAUCAGUCUGCAGUAUAAUUCUAUAAUAAUUCAGUUAUCCUAGGAUGCCGGCUUUCGAAAGACCUUCCUUCCGGCUACAUGCAAAAAGUAUACUCUGUAAAAAAUGACUACUUACGUAGCACGAAUUUUUCUCAUUGAUUUCUGAUGCCCUUAAAAAUUCAAUUGCAUAUUAUGGAAAACCUGCAUACAAAUAUUAUUCUUCCAUUUAUUUAAUGGAAGUUACAUCUUCUUUCAAUUUUAUACUCGAAGGAGGGACAUAAUUCAGUUUUAAAACAGUUUCUAAUUGUGUGACUUUUAAAUACCGUAUAAUGGCCGUUCAUAAAUCGUCAUAUCUCUACAUUUACCAAUGUGGCUUGUAAAGUUAGCAAUAUGGAUCAAAUCCAUGGCUUAAUUUUAUGAAUCCUGUAUGGUUCCCCUUUAUUACCGUAGAGAAAUGUGUGGUUUAAAACCAAAUUAUGUCCCUCUUUCAGGCAUCAAAUUAGAAGAAGACGUAAUAAUCUACAGAAUGCGCAACGAAUGAAUAUUUUCAUCCGUUUUUCAUGAAAUAAAAGUGAACUUUUAGGGGCAUCGAAAAUCAAUGGGAACUACUCAUGCUACAUAAGUAGUUAUUUUUACAGAGUGUAGAUUUGCGUGCAGCCAGAAGGAAGUUCAUUCGAAUGCCGGCAUCAUUCGUUGCGCAUUCGGUAGAUUAUUACGUCUUCUUCUAAUUUUAUGCUCGAAGGAGGGAUAUAAUUCGGUUUUAAAAAAGUUUUCCAAUUCCCGAAUAAUUUUGAACUCGCUCUACCACCACACUCUGAUUCACGGUUUCCAAACUACAAGUCGUAUAUUUUCCGCGUACGGAAAACCAUACAUUUCAUUACGGUAUUAAAGGGAGACCAUAUGGGGUUCAUAAAUUUGAGCAUUAGAUUUGAUCCAUAUUGCUAACUUUACAAGCCACAUUGGUAAAUGCAAAGACAUGACGUUUUGUAAACAGCCAUUUCACGCGGCUAGAUCGCACUUGGUAGCCAGGCCCUGUAUUACAGGUGACUGGGGGGUUUGCUUACUGGAGCUAUUUUGUGGGGUCCCAUAAUCACAUCUGACCCAUUUGGUUUCCGUUUUAAGUUUGAGGUUAGGAUUAGGUUACGGGUUAAUGGUUUUCGAUUUUCGGGUUAGGGUUAUUCAUUUAGGCUUAGGUGUUCGGGUUACGGUUAGGGUUUGAGGGUAUGAUUAGGUUUCAGUAUUACGGUUUGUUUUUUUCAGUUACGGUUAUGUCUAAGGUCUACGGUUACGUUUACGAUUUCGGUUAGGGUCAGGGUAAGGCUUGCCGUUAGGGUUAAUGGUUAACGUUUAAUGUUGAGGUUAGGGUUAGGUUUAAGGUUAGGAUCAGGGUUAAGGUCGCCAUCCGCUUCCUCAUUCCUGGCUACCAACUGCGAUCUAACCUUUCACGCUACUAAAUAGCCUCGCAGUUAGAAACUUCUUCAAAACCGAAUAAUACCCUUUCUUCGAGUACAAAACUGGAAGAUGACACAAUUUUCUACCGAAUGAGAAAAAGAAUGAAUAUUUUUGUGCAUGUUUUCUAUGAAAUAGAAAAUCAGUGAGAAAAAUCUAUGCUACCUAAGAAGCCAUUUUUCACAGAAUGUAAUUUCUGCAUGCAGCCGAAAGGAUAUUCAUUCGAAAGCCGGCAUCCUAAGGUAACUGAAAUAUUAUAGAAUUAUGCUGUUGGCUGACCAGUUCUACAACCCUACCAAGCUAAUCGUUUCGAAACGAAAACGCAUUUCUGAAUUUCGGUUGACAUUUCUUGAGUUGGCCACCUACUGUAGGUCUUCGACUGGUUCUUCCGUAAUUUGAGAGCACAUGCUCACCUAGGUUAGUUCGACAAAUGAAGCCACCGGCAUGGGUAUUUUUUCUUCCCUUUAAACCCUGCAAAUUAUAAAAAAUUGGCUCCCCUGUUGGCACUAGCUCCGCUGUUUUGCUUUUCAGACUCCUCUAACGACCUCACUAUCACGAACUUGUUAGAAAUUUAACGUGCAGAUUCCCUCUAACUAAAAUAUUGCUUUCCGCCAACCAAAUGCCUAAGUUGGAUCUCCGCAUCUUCAGUCUGGUGGUUUGAUUGAAUCUAGAAGUUCCCCCAUCGGAAGGUGUCCCAUCUCAUUAAUUUUAAACUGAAAUUCUGCGAUGAAUUCUCUAUUCGAAAAGAUUACUUAAGUAGGGUUGACAUGUUAGUUAUUUUGUCACAGAAUACGAGCUAGCUUAGUCAUGUCAGGACUCCGGCUUUUGAACCAGCCCCUAAUCGACCGCCUUGCUUGAUCCAUGCUCCAUAAAAGUGACUACGUAAGUAGUAGGACUUUUCUCACCGAUUUUCGACGUCCUUAAAAAUACGAGUACAUUUUACAGAAAACAUGCACAAAAAUAUCCUUUUUUCCAGUCACUUGAUAGAAAAUUAACGGCUGAGACCGUUAAACGAUUGCAGCGGAGUAAAGCAUAUGCGCACCCAAAUGUCCUUGACCGCGCACUUCCUUCCGAACUAAUGUGAGGAUCGAUCGAUUACCUUGCCAAGCCAUAUGCCUUCUCGUGACGCAGAUCGCUCAAAUGGGAUAUUUCCCCCGAUCUACUAUAGUCUCACACAUGAAUCUCCUAACAUCACUUUCGUGGCCUUUUAUGCCAUUGUCUCCUUCCCUAACUUAAACUGUUCUAUUUCAGUUGGUUCGGACAUUUGUCACAUGACCUUCGAGAUGGGAAAUUGCGAAGAUUACGACGAGAGGUACGGAUAUGAUUCUCAGCUGGGCACUUGCAAGACAUACUUAUACAGCGGAUGCGGCGGAAAUGCAAACAAUUUCCUCACGUUAGAGGAAUGCGAAAAUGCAACUAGGAAAUGUGUGGAUGAAGGUAGACCAAUCAAGUACUCUUUUCACUUGCAUAUGUCGACCACGCUGAUAUUUCAACUUUGUUUUAAAUCGCAGCACAUGGUAAUCCGAUGCAAUUCUUCGGCUUGAUCAGUUAUGGACAAAUCGCCUCGCAUAGAAUAAUUAUUUCUCUGAUACAUGAAUAAACAAAUCGUUAUACAUUCUGCGUGGCCCGUGUUCCGGCUGUUUAGAAUCAAUUUUUUCACUUUAGAUUUCGGUUUCUUUUUGAAAGGCAGACGUAAGUUUUAAUUUCCGGUACUACUUCUCCCUCUCUUUUUUACGCCAAGUUAAUCUUGCUCGUUUGAUUCCCUCUGAUCGUCAGAGCUAACCUUCAGUGCAGGCAGUUGAUAUGCAACCUAUGUUGUCGUCAUGCCUACAACUGAGCUCUCCAUUCACCAAGUUAAUAUCGAUCUUUCUUUAGCUUCUCCAACCAACCAUCGCCCGCAAGUUGAUUUACAACAAGGCGAUCUUGCAUAA